AUGGCUCAUGUCGAUGAAGGAAGGUAUAUUUAUAACGAAACAGAAACACCAGAAUUAAGUGCUGAGUUCAAUAAAAUGUCUGAUGAAGAUGUGAAAAAUGGAUCAUCACUUCUAUUUGGUGAUGGUGAUUGUGGAGAACCCAUAUCGAAACAACGUGUAAUAUUAGACUUUACACCAGAUGAUGAUAUCGAUAAUGACGAUGUCCAAGAGAAAUGUUGCGCAUUCUGGGAGUUUGUGAAUAACCAUCCGGAACUUGAUAAUCUUAUUGUUAAACCUAAAGAAGAUACUUACUCGUAUAAUGGUAUCAAGAAAUCAAAUGAGAUGAUAUCUUUACCAAAACAUAAGUCAAGCAUUUCUGUUGAUUUAAAAGAGGAUACAGCUGUAUCUGUUCUGGAGUUUGUGGAAGAAAAGGGUCUCAUCAGUCGCGCAUUUAAAUCAAAAAUGGCGUCUUCAUUUUGCGAUGGAGAAUUAAAGGAUUAUUCCGAUGAAUCCCUCCCUAAGGCGAGAAAAGUCCGGACUAAUGCCAAGGAAAAAAAUCAUAAGAAAUACAAAACACCGAAGGAAGACACAUCCCCUCAAACUUCUGUGGCUGCACGAAACAUGUGUCAAAUGCUCCAGGAAUGGGACUUGGAACAUCCUAAAUCUAUGUGUCCGCCGGGUCCUGUACCGCAACCAGGUUUCAAAGAUUCCACAUAACAGCAAAGUGAUCCAAUAU